AGAUCUGGCUCAAGCACGUCGCGUGGGGCGCGUGGGCUUUGCUCCGGGCGCGCGCGGGCGGGCGGGCGCGCCUCGCCCAGGGGCCCUCCGCGCGCAGCAUGCCGGCGCCGGCGCUGCGAGCAGCUCGCAGGGGCGGCCGCGCCCUGCUUGCGGCGGCUGCGCUGGGCGCGGUCCUCGCCUCCUGGUGGCUGCGGGAGGGCGGGCACCGCGCGUGGGCGGGCCCCGCGGAUAAGGGCGGCGACCGCGCGGCGGCCAGCCGCACCGCGGAGGGCCAGUCGCGCCGGCGGCUGCUGGAGGGCACGGCGGCGGCCUCCGUGGCCGCGUGGGCGGCGGCGCCGGAGGAGGCCGACGCUUUCCGGGGCGACCGGAUUCAGAACGCGAAGGCCACGUACGUCCCCAAGAUCCGCAGGUUUUAUCAGGAGCUCUUCGGCUACCGAGACGACAUCUACCUGCAGGUCGAGCUGAAGAAGGGCGACGCCGCCAGCAGGGUGUUCUAUCAGACACGGCCUGCAGAGUGGAGCGCCGGUGCGGACAGCAAGUUCGACGGUGAGAUAGCCUUCGCUACCGACGCCCAAGGAUUCGAGAAUUCGGAUGUCGGUUUCGGAUGCGCCUCUUACAAGGGGGUCGAAGGGAAGGUGGUUUUCAUAAAGCGCGGGAAGUGCCCCUUCAGCGACAAGAUGAUGUUCGCCAAGGAGGCAGGGGCAAAGGCUGUCGUUGUGUACGACACCAAGAUCGCAAAGAUGGACAUUAGAACAUCGAACAUCGGGGUCUCCAGGAGUCUGGCCGUGUCAGUGCGAUCGCAGGGAGACGCGCUCUCGGGUGCCAACAUCUUCACACCCAGGGAGCAAGGCGUCACCGAAAUGGCGGUGGAUAAAGGUAAGGAUGCUCCCACCCUCGAAGCUGUUAUGAUGAGCCUCGUGAAUGGCACCGAGGUCUCCCAGGCCUUUGAGGCAGGGGCUCAGCCGAGAGUAUUGGACGUCAAGCGGUUCGAUCGAGUUUCAGCUGGCAUCGAUGAGUUCAUUCAGCAGAAGAAGUUGAAGAAGAUGCUAAACGAGAUGGAGGUCUAUGGCAACACCAUGCGCGAGGCGAAGGACGACUUCAGCGAUCCCAUCAUCAAGGAACUCAAAAAACUCCGCGAGGCUUUCGGCGCUGCUGUGAGGGAGAAGGACCUGCCAAAGGCACGAAUUUCCUUCAAGGCUUGGUACGACAAACUGGACCCACUGGGCCAAUACCAACUGUUGGAACUUGUUUAGGUGCUUAUUGCUGCGUAAUUGUCUAUUGUGUUAUGCCAUUCCCUCCCUCGGUCGCUUUCCCUCUCUCUCUCUCUCCUUCUCUCGCCAUGGUCGCGGACGGCUUCUGUCACGGACUUCUCCUCCUCCCUCUUCCUCCUCGCUCUGGACCGCCCCGCCCCCGAGUUUCAAGCUGCGCCUGGCUGCACCAGAUCCCUGGUGGGCCGUGAAGAAGAUCUCUGGUGGGCCGAGAAGAAUCGAGUCCAGCGUUCGUUGUUCUUGGGGACAGGGGCAUCCUUGCGCCUGCCCACGGCUCCUCGAGCACCGUUUUUGGCCCGGCACGCUGCCGGCUGUGGUGCACUGCACUCGGAAGGGGGGGGGAGGGGCGCGCGGAGGCGUGGGCUUCCUGCGACAGGGCUGCGCCGUCGGGGCGGGAGGCCCCGGCGCCCGCACGAGGUGGCAACCAUUGUCACGGGAUCCUCGCCCAGCUUGGCAGUGCUCGCGAGUGUCGGAGUCGGCCUGCUGAACCUUCCCCCAUCUCCCUUCACGGCCUUUUUUCGCGCCGCUGUCGGCGCCCUGUGACAAUUUUGCGUUGGCAGACUGCAUUUCGUUUUAAUGGCCCGGCGGUCCAGGCGGCGUCGGCUGUCGCGCUCGCGUCGCGCGGCGGGAUCCCUGCCCUCGGAUGAGCGAUUGCAAAA